AUGCAAUCUUGCUCUCUUGUAGCAGAUGACAUGAUGGAUUCUUCCCCACUGAGGAGGGGACGUCCGUCCUGGUACAAGGUCAACGGAGUGGGGAUGAACGCCAUAAAUGACGCCUUUUACCUGGAGUCCAGUGUUUACUACCUGCUCAAAAAAUACUUUGGGGGGACCCCGGUUUACACCAAUUUGGUCGACGCGUUUCAUGAUAUCACAUUGAAGACGGUUUUAGGGCAAAAUCUGGACGUUAUGGCGAACAAAAUCGUUUUGAAGGACAGGUUCAAAAUGGAAAACUUUUCAACAAUUGCAACAUACAAGACGAGCUACUACACUUUCGUACUUCCACUUCGACUCGGAGCGAUUCUUGCUGGUUUGACGGAUUCCAAGCUUAUACCAAAGAUUGACACUGUGGGGCUCCAGUUGGGCGAAAUUUUCCAGGCAACCGAUGAUUUUUUGGACGUGUACGGCAACCCGGCUACGAUCGGGAAGAAAGGAACGGAUAUUUCAGAGGGGAAGUGUACGUGGCUAAUUUGCAAAGCUAUGGAACUAGCGGACCGCAAGCAGCGUGCCGUUCUCGAACAAAAUUACGGCAAAAAUGACGAGGAAUGUGUACUCAUCGUGAAGAAGAUGUUUCAAGAGCUGCAAAUUGAUGAACAUUUUCGCCAGUAUCGGAGUGAAUCGAUGGACAAAACAAGGGCACAAAUUGCUGCCAUUGGUUGGCGCAAUCUACGACUACAAGCAAUCCUGAAACUUUUGAUCAGGGGCAUAUUUUAA